UCACGCAUGUAUAGAAUCUAUAGAUAGACUAGAGAGAGGGUCCCUUGAAUCACUCACUGACGCUGGGUGCCCUUAUUCAAUGCUCCACCAACCCUUCUUUACCAUUUCAUCUUUCAACCCUUCUUUUUCUUGUUUUCUCAUCUACUUCUUUCUAUUUCCUCCUGCAACUUCAUAUUUUCCUUUACCUUGUUAAUCAAUCAGAAAGAAAAAAAAGGAAAUGGAGUGUGUUUUUCAAGCAAACGCCAUGAAGAAAAGUUUUUACCAACCAGGGUUUGUUGCAGAGGAAUUCUUGGGUAGUAAUAAUGGAAAUACAAAUUGUGGGUUUGGUGAUGAUACUUCUUUUGUUGAUGAAUUUCUUAAUUUUUCUAAAGAAGAAGAACAAGAUGAUGAAGAAUUUGUUGAAGAAAAAGAUUGUGUCUCUGUUUCUUCCCAAGAAAAUAGUACUGAGGUUUCUUUUAAGGACGCCUUUGAUUCUCUUGGUAGUAGUGAACUAUGCGUUCCGACGGAUGAUUUAGCAGACUUAGAAUGGGUAUCUCAUUUUGUUGAUGAUUCAUUCAAUCAAGAAUUCUCUUUUUCAUGUCCAAAAGCGACUACAACAACAACAAACCAAGAACUCAAAACACAAACCCCAAAAGAGAGCAACUCCUCCUAUUCAUCAGUACCAAUAUCAGGAAUUUCAUCUUUAAAAACUUUUUCGGUACCACCAAAACGUUCAAGAACAAAACGUGCUAGAACAACAAAUGGAAGAAGAAUUUGGUCACUUGGUUCACCACCAUCCUUUUCAGAAUCCUCGUCAACAACAACAUCUUCAUCGUCAACUUCAUCAUCAUCUCCAACUUCAACUCUCAUGUUUACGAAACCUCAAACCUUAGAUUUUCUUUACUAUCAACCCGAGAAGAAGAAACAGAAACCCAAGUCAAAAUCAUAUGAAAAUCAAAACCCACAGCUUCAGCAACAGCAACAACAAUAUCAACGUCGCUGUAGUCAUUGUGGAGUACAGAAAACACCACAGUGGAGAACGGGCCCAAUGGGUGCAAAAACACUGUGUAAUGCUUGUGGUGUCCGUUUUAAGUCAGGUCGACUUUUACCCGAAUAUCGACCCGCUUGUAGUCCUACCUUUUCAAGUGAUGUUCAUUCGAAUAAUCAUCGUAAAGUUCUUGAGAUGCGUAAGAAGAAAGAAAUCAUCACUGGUUCAGAUUCUGGUAUGGUUCCCGCGGUUCAGAGUUUUUGAAUAGGGUUUAGUUAGAACUGGUUCGAAUUCGGAACACUUUCUGUAUUGGUGUACAUUAGACAGUUAUUAUAGUUAGUUUGUAGUAGAGAAGCAGUAGUUAAUUAGGGAGGUUUUUUAUGUAAUUUCUUACUAGUAAUGCAUCCAUUAGGUAAUAGUUUGUGGCAGUUUUUACUAGAGAGAAAAAAGAGUAGGUUUCUAGUUGGAAGCUCGUUUAUGAGAAAUUGGUUAAGAGGAGGGAAAGUUUUAGUUUUGAUUUGUAAUCUUUAUAUAAUCAAAUUUGUAAUGUAGAUUUCACGGCUUGUUUAAAAUUUAGAUUUCUCAGCUAUUUAAAAGAGCUGUUAUUAA